GGGUAGUAUUGUGUCUUUGGGGAGAGCCUCUCCAGACUCCAGAGGGAGGUUGGCUCAGAAAAGAAAAACGGAGUUGAGAGAAAAGAAAUGGUGAGAGGAAGCAUUAAACUUCUCAAGGAUGCUGGGUCUGGACUCAGCAAGGCCCUCUCUGAGAUCCUCGUCUGCCCGCUUUCCAAACAACCUCUAAGGUUUUGUGAGGAAACGAAUUCCCUAGUCAGUGAUUCAAUUGGUGUCUCCUUUCCUAUAAAGGAUGGGAUUCCUUGCUUAGUACCAACAGACGGCAAGGCCCUUGACCUUGAGGCCGAUGAUACAAUAAAACCCGAAGAUGAUGUGACAUCAUCAGUCGAACACGAGGCAGAUCGAGGAGGCAGUCACUAGGUUGAAUUUUGAAACUCGUGGUAUUGUCACAAAGCUGCAAACUUCUUGAACAUCAAGAGCCUGCUGGACCUGACAUGCCAGUGUAUUGCAGACAUGAUCAAGGGGAAGACUCCGGAAGAGAUCCGAAAGACCUUCAAUAUAAACAACCAUUUCACCCCGGAGGAGGAGGAGGAAGUUCGUCGUGAGAACCAGUG